CUUAGUUUAAACUGGAUGACGUCCAAGGAAAACAAGGAGGAAAUAAAGGCAGAUGCAGAAACGCUCGGUCCGGCAGAGAUCAUCAUGAGGACUCUGGUGGUUUUGUUCUUGGUGGCUGCAACCAGCGCUGAAGUCCUGGAGCGCUGUUCAUGGGCCCGGACACUGAGGAAUGCUGGGAUGGACGGUUACCGUGGCGUCAGCCUGGCCAACUGGGUUUGUCUGACCUACUGGGAGUCAAGGUACAACACCGGCGCCAUAAACCACAACAAAGAUGGAUCCACCGACUACGGCAUCUUUCAGAUCAACAGUCGCUAUUGGUGCACCGAUGGAACACGUUCAGCCAACGGAUGUAGAAUCCAGUGUAGCGAGCUUCUGACAAAUAACGUCGGCGUCGCGAUCAACUGCGCCAAACGCGUCGUCAGGGAUCCCCAAGGCAUCAAAGCCUGGGUGGCCUGGAAAAAGUACUGUCAGAACCGUGAUGUGAGUUCAUACGUCGCUGGAUGUCGACUUUAACCAACCAAAAGGACGGUGUCAUCAACAUAGUGAAGUUUUCCAUCUUCAGCUGCAGAUAUCUGAGACAUUUCCACUGUUUCUGUGUUGGAGCUGACAGAAGUAGAGCAGAAGUAGAGUUACUGAAAUUAACAGAGUCAAAUAAAGUCUUUACUUUGAGUGUUUUUGCUUUUAAGAGAAUCAAUCAGCGAAGAGAAAUGUGGUGACCUUAGCUUGUAUUUGUUGUCAUAAUGCUUAUGAAUAAAGUGUUCAUUAACUCCGAA